AUGUCGAUACUGAUCGGUUGCGUCGGGAUGCUCGAGUUGUUGGCCUGUCUCCGUCACGUCGCCGACGGCAUCGUGAUCAGGAUCAAUCAACCGGCCACCCCGUGUCUCUCGUAUCACGAGCCGAACGACAACAUGAGCACUCACGACUCCAUCUGCAGCUACAGCCACUCGACCGGCGUGGAUCUGCCGCGAGGCGCCAAGCACAAAUUGGAGAAUCUCCACGAAUACAGUUUGCGAAUCAGAACGGAGCUGCGUCGUUUCGACAAGAACUUCGACUACAGUCGGCCACUGUCCGAGUGCAGUAUCAAGGAUUUUCUCUUACCCACCAGGGCAAGUCCGGAUUCCAGACUUUCCAGCCCGGAUUUUGAGUAUCUGGUGCGGGCGAGCGACUCGCGAGAAGAUGGAGCGGAAGCGAGUAACGAUUACAAGGAGAUACGAUACGAGAGAGAGACGUCUUACGAGGACGCGGCUGAGAACUGGCGCGUCGAGAGUAGCUCGAGAGAUCGGCCGUUGUCCGUGAUGGCACCUCCGGAACCGGAAAGAUACGUCAGAGUACCGACGCCGAUCCCCUUCAGCGUGGACGACGAUGAAGUGUCGAGCUCCGGAGCCUCGAGCGACGUGGGCACGUCGUUCGACAACGAUUCUGGAAACGAGGCGCCCACCAUGAGGUCCUUCGAGUCGAUCCCGUUGAUCAGACGAUACAAGACUCCGUCGGAGGGUGGCUCCUCGGUAGACGAGUCCGACGACAACGAGCGACACGCGAGACACCCUAGGAAACCGAAAUCUGCAAAAUCCCACUCCAAGUCUCCCGAGUCGCCGAAACCCGAGAUAAUCGUCGAUCGUUCGAGAAGUUCCGAGAACUUGCGAGACGCCGAAACCGAAAUAUCUCGCGAGACGGACGCACCAGGCGUUGAGGCUCAAGGCAGCGAGUCGUCGGCAAGAGGAACAACGAGUCAGAGGAAGAAGAUCAAGUCGUCGAGCACGAUCGUGAGGAAGCCGACGAGGUUGAAGUCGAAGGACGCGCAGGUGAGCAAAAGCGCGGAGAACCUGACGGCGAGAAAGUCGAAGAAGCACCGAGAUCCACAGAGGCGAAAGUCGGACAUCUCCGUUCAAACGGCGAGCAGCCACCUGAGAGACGAAUGGACCAACACCUCUCCUCCCCCGGAGGAGCAGAGUCCAGUCGCCCAGUUGUCCAGAUCGGAGAGUCGGAGAAACGUGUCGGUUCAGGUGCAGACCAACUUCGAGGACCUCGAGCAACUGCCGUGGUUGGACGCCUCGGCGGAACUGCUGGAUGCCUCGGCCGUGGGACUGUCCGAGAGCAGGAGGGAUCUCAGCUCUCGGGAUCGUUUCGGCAGAAGGACCUUCAAGAAUAGAAGAUUCGGAUCGGGUUCCAGGGACAAGGCCGACGACGCGCGAGAUGAUGACUACUCGAUGAGCAACGCGACCCCGUUGGUCGAGAGGCCCAAGGACGAGGCGCGUCUGCUGAAAAUAUCCAGCUUCGAGGAGGCGGACGACGAGGAUUAUCAGAGAAUCCGCGACAUCCUAACGGAGUCCGACUCGAGGGAGUGCAACGAGCGGGAGAGGAGAAAGGGAUCGAGGACCGCGUCCUCGUUCGAGGACGAGGAGUAUUGGGACGCGGAGGAUGUGAGUGCAGGAACUGGACCGAUACGGUACUCGAUACCGGAUCCCGAUCGAAACAAAGCUUUCUGGAGCGAAGUGGAGGGUGGCGGACGCGCGCGGCGAGUUUCUGGAGUCGUCGGGACGCCGAAAAUAGCGUCCCGAUAUGAUGACGCCCGGAGCGCGCCGAUCCUAGAUUUCAGUCAGUUCGCAAGCUCGAAAGCAGCUGGCAACGACGAGCAGCACACGAUGGCGGACGUGGACAGUGUAGUGUACACGACCACCGAGCGCAAGGUUCGCAAAGUGAAGAAGACGACGAAGCGCAGGGAGAGCCACGAUCAGAACGCCGAGGUCACGAUCACCGAGGUCGACAGCACGCAGAACAACCACCACGCCAUCGAAGAUGGCGAGUACACGAAGGCGAUGAACAAGGACUGGCACAGCGGCCACUUCUGUUGCUGGCAGUGCGACGAGUCUUUGACCGGGCAACGCUACGUGCUCAGGGACGAGCACCCUUACUGCAUCAAGUGCUACGAGAGCGUUUUCGCCAAUGGCUGCGAGGAGUGCAACAAAAUCAUCGGUAUCGACUCGAAGGACUUGUCGUACAAGGAUAAGCACUGGCACGAGGCGUGCUUCCUCUGCAACAGGUGCAGAGUGUCCUUGGUGGACAAGCAGUUCGGUAGCAAGGUGGACAAGAUCUACUGCGGCAACUGCUACGACGCCCAGUUCGCCAGCCGUUGCGAUGGAUGCGGCGAGAUCUUCCGUGCUGGUACGUAA